CGCCGUUUCCGCUGGGGCUCGGUGGUCGCGGGUGAGCGGGUCGGGUAGGGUGGGCAGGGUGGGCUGCUCUGCAGGCGCUGGCCCCUGACGCGUCCCGCCGCGCCCUUCCGGCCCUUUAUCCUCCGCCGAGGCGUCGCCGGGCCCGUCGCACCUGCCCGCGCUGCCCUCCACCCGGCCGCUCUCCUGCCCGGUAAAGCGACGCGCGCCGGGCCCCCGCCCUCCCGCUGCUCCCUGGAGAGGCUCCUCGCCGUUGCUUUCGGUCCAUUUUCCUCCUUUUGUCAUAAGGCUCGAAAAUUGGUUUGCGGAGAGAAAAUACGAGCAGCAGUGAAGGAGCCUGACACAAUGGUGUGCAUUCCCUGCAUCGUCAUUCCAGUGCUGCUCUGGGUCUACAAAAAGUUCCUGGAGCCGUACAUCUACCCUCUGGUGUCCCCUGUGAUUAGUCGGAUAUGGACUCGGAAAGAAGUACCGCAAAUCAAUGACAAAGGCAAAGGGGACUAUAAGGGUGCAGCUAUAAACGAAUUACCAGCAAAGGGAUCAACAGAAAUCUGUGAUAAAAAGAAAUAUUAAAGGAGUUUCUCCAGCGUGCAUCAUUGUUUUAAAAAUGGACCUGAUUAUCUGAAGCACCUUUUUUGUAAUUGUCUCUGAUCUUUUUCCUCUGAGACCAGAAUUUGCGGUAGAGUAACUAUGCACCUAAUACGUAGUAUUUAUAUUUAAGAUGUACUAAAUUAUAUUUAAUGACCUCAUUCCAAGGUUUUUUUUUUUUUUUCAUUAAAUUAGCUUUCAUUUCUAUCUCUACAGAAUUCUUUUUUCUUUAAUGCUAUUGCUUGCCAGCUAGUGCUUCCAUCAGUCUAGUUAGUGAUGAACUAGUGUUUCCAGAAUCAUUAGGGCUUCCAGUGAUGGCCGUCCCCUUACGGGGAGCACUCUAAACCAUCGUUACGGCCCAUGUCAGAGGUAAUAAUCUGCGCUUCUUGAGUGGAAGCCUGGAGACUGCAUCCUCCACCUCUUAGCCGGUUAAGGUUGGGAUGGACUCUCUAGUGGACCUGUAAUCAUGAAAGGCGCCAUCUACUUUUUGCUUCCUCGUAUUCACAACUUUGCAUAGGUUCAAGAACAGGUGCAAGGCCUUAGUUACCCUCUUAAGUUUAAGGGCCUUAAAAUAAGGAUAGUUUUCCUCUCCGUGUUCUGCCUUCAAAUUAUUCUCUACUUCAAGAAAGGCUUUAACCUCUGUAGCAACUCCCGGAAGCAUGACUCCAUGAGAAAGCUCUUCGUUGAUGAACGCCUUCAUCGUCAUGUACGGUGUCAUUUCAGCAUAGGUAGCGACUAACUUGAUUUGUCCAGUGAACACCUUUGCAGUUGGUCCAGUGGAAGAAUGGUUUUCAAGCUCCAGUAGUCCUCUUACAAUAAAUGAAUCCAGUCCUGAAGGUGUUAACCAAGCUGCAGCUUCUCUAAAAUCAAAUGAUGGGCUGAUUUCUACAGUUGGUGGCUGAAGACCUCGUUUUACGCUUAUAUGCAUGACGUUGAACCUCUUAGUGAUCUGGGUUACCCGAUUUUGCUGUGGCUUUGGGAUUAAAUGAUAAAGUAAGGCUGUGGUUGAUUUAAGUGUCACAUUAAUCUCCCCUAGCCUUGCAGCGAGGCCAUCCGGUGCGCAUCCAACUUCUUUCCCUUCGUUAUUGGGCACUCCUCCGUGAUGCAAGUAUAGAGGACCCAUAGGGAGAGCCACUGAGAGGGUAUAAAGCAGGAAAGGAGGCUAACACAAAGCUAAUGGUGACAGCCACACUCUAUGCAAGCGUAUACCUGAUCAUCCUCUCUGUGUGGCGAACUGCCAAAGCUGCUGCAGCUAAAACAUUCUCCCGUGUAGACAGGGCGAUUCUCUUUGUAACAAUGUCCCUUAUUUCCAAAGAGGAUUCCAUUGUGUCCUCUAUCACUACAGUUGUAAAGAUUAUAAAUGAAUAGAAGGUUUGUGCCAGUAGACACAUUAUUAAACCAGAACUUGAAAACCC